ACAGCAAAAAACGGAGGGACAGAAAUACAGAGAAAACUGUGCAGUUUUGCAGUAUCCACACCUGCUGAUCAAAACCGAAUCCUAUUUCCUGCAAACAUAGAUUCCCAUUGAGGUUCACCUAAAGGAACUCCCUAACCAGGCACUUCACAAAUUACACACACCUGACGGUUAGAGAUUUGGACUAGGUGAACACUGAUCCACACUAACUUCUACUUGGUAUACAGCGGGAGCUUAUUUCUAACCUACAAUGGAUUACAGAAUGAAAGGGAAAAAAGGGGAAAAACAUGAAUCUUACGGAAAAACAAUGGAUUUAGGAAAGAGAUAUUCGGGAAGCAACGUUGUUCAAGAAGCUACUCCAAUAGCCAAGGAAGUUUUUAAAUGUUUUCACGCCAACAUGGAUAACUUUACCGACUUUACGGUCAACAUUGACGACACCAAAUUCAACUGUCACAAGUUUGUCUUAAGUUCCUGCUCUGGUUUCUUUGAGGCUCUCAUGAGGACAGAUAUGAGAGAAAAAUCUGAAUCAAGUUGUACCAUAGAGGGCAUUUCACCAGAAACAUUUGGUCUCAUAAUUGACGUUAUAUAUAAAGGCUGGGAAGUGCUAAGAAAGGAAAAUAUGUUGGAGUUGUGGCAUGCAUCAAGCCAGUUGCAGAUCAAAUUUUUAAUAGAAGCUUGCGAAAAUUUUGUGAAAGAGAACAUAACAAUACAAAACUACUGGGAUGUUUACCAAAAUGCAAAGCUGUUGGGUUCGUCAAUGAUACUAUCAGAGGCCAGAAAGACGAUGGUACAUAAUUAUUUCGAUAUUGUUUGGUCGGAUGCCUUUAUGGAGUUAUCUUUGGAAGAUUUAUUGGAGAUUUUUCAAAACGACCAACUGAACGUGUGCGCAGAUUUUGCUGUCAUCUCAGUGCUAAAGUGGGCAAAUAUCGAAGAUAAUUCUAACAGCAAUCUUAUUGGAAAACAGAAAUCAGGGCAUAGAUUAUAUCCAAUGUGGCAGUCAUUCGGACAGAAUAGAGAAAAAAUAGCAGAAGCUGAAGAACAAAAGUAUUUGUAUCGCAGGUCUUGCCUCGGUCAGUUAUUUGGUGUUAUUCGACUUGAUCAAGCAAGCAAUGAAUGUAUCACUGGGUUGAUGAAUAACAAAUCGAUUAUGGCUAACAUCGAUGCGAUAUUAAUUGUCAACAAAUUAGCCUCAAUGAGACUUGGUAGACAUUGGGAUCAGCCAAAAGCUACUAAGUUCAAAAAACAUCUAGGUCAACCACGUGAUGAUGAAUAUUCUGAGAACCGGAAGUACGAUGAUUCUAAAAUGUUUGAACCUAAUCCCACAAUGUGCAAACAUUGCAGCGCAAGAGCAGAUGAAGAUUAUUAGACCUUUUAGAUAUUUUAAUUGUUAUAAAAAUAUUUUAAUAAAGUUUUAUUGAAAUAAUUAUAAUACAGGUUGUUUGUAAACAAAAACAAAAAAAAGUAGGCAUAUUUUAUUGGUCGUCAUUGGUACACUCAGUCGACUUUCUUUACUGCGGAUUAACAUGGACGCACUCCCAAGGCCCAAUUCGCCUACUACUAGACCUAUAACUAUAGACUAAUUUCUACAUUUUCGUUUGUUAUUGUUUUUGAUGUUUUCUAAUUUGACUUAAUGUUUUUUAUAUCCUUAUUGCUUUGAUUAUUUUUAACUAGGCUAGUUAUAUAAACUAUUAUUUUCAUUAAUCUUCAUUUAUAUUUUUAUAACACUGCUUACUAAGCUAUAGUAAAUCAGAUAAAUUAAACUUGGAAUUUGUCUAGGGUUAGACGUAAACACAAUCAGCUGUUCGCCAGCGCUGGACGCAGUAUUUUUAUUUAGAAAUUUCGGCCACAUAUUUAGAUCUAUUUUAUCCACGAAACUGUCAAUAACUGUAUAAGGAUCUUCAAUUCCUAAGAGUUCAAGUUUUUUAACGUAUUUUCCCUUUUCCGCGGCGCGAUUCUUUACAUACAGUGAACACGUCCAGCGCUGGUGAACACGUCC